UGGUGCGCUUCACUGACCAGUGACCAACUAAACCUAGCUGCAUCUUUUAGAACUUCUUCACCAUAAACAAUACAUCGGAACAAAAACGGAACGACACCAGAGAGGCUCCACACAGACAGUGCGAUGAACCACAACAAGACUGUUAACCAUAAUGUCAGUCUGCCAGCUCCAAACAGCGGCUCCGGGAGCAGCGUGGACGAGCUGGUUAUCACCUCCACUUUCGGGACCUUGUUGUCGGUCGUCUACAUAGUCGGCGUGUCGGGGAAUGUGUACACUCUAGUAGUGAUGUGUCAUUCUAUCCGCUUCGCCACCUCCAUGUACAUCUCCAUCAUUAACCUAGCGCUAGCGGACCUCUUGUACCUCUCCACAAUCCCGUUCGUGGUGUGCACCUACUUCCUCAAGGACUGGUACUUCGGAGAUGUGGGCUGCCGCAUCCUCCUCAGCCUGGACCUGCUCACCAUGCACGCCAGCAUAUUUACCCUCACUGUGAUGUGCACGGAGCGCUACCUGGCCGUCACCAAGCCCCUUGACACGGUACGGCGCUCCAAGAGCUACCGAAAAGCCCUGGCCUGGGGGGUAUGGCUGCUCUCUCUGGUCCUCACCUUACCCAUGAUGGUCAUGGUCACAGAGACCACUAAGAGUGCGCCCAACGGGGGGGUGAAGAGGAUGUGCGCGCCCACCUGGGCGCCCCGGGCGUAUAAAAUCUACCUGACCGUUUUGUUUGGCACGAGCAUCAUGGCACCUGGGUUGAUUAUCGGCUAUUUGUAUACGAAGUUAGCCCGGACUUAUUUAGAGUCCCAGAAGAACUCAGUCAUCAACAAAAGGAACAAGCGAUCCCCGAAGCAGAAAGUCUUGGUAAUGAUUUUCACUAUAGUUCUGGUGUUCUGGGCGUGUUUCCUUCCGUUCUGGAUAUGGCAACUGUUCCCGUUGUACCAGCACAAACCGUUAGGCCUGGCAUCUCACACACACACCUGUAUUAACUACCUGGUGGCCUGUCUCACCUACAGCAACAGCUGCAUUAACCCCUUCCUCUACACCCUCCUCACCAAGAACUACAGGGAAUACCUGAAGAACAGACACAAGAGUUUCUACCGCUACACCUCGUCUUUUAAGCAGCGCGCUCCCAGCUUGUAUUCCUGCGGGAAGUCGGCAUCCUCAUCGAAUCAGUUUGAGUUUAACUCGGAGACGCUGGUGAUGGGGACUCUGCAGGGACAGUGAGCCCGUGCAAAGAGAGAGUGAUUCUGGAACUGCAACAG